AUGCCAGAGAUCCAGGAAGUCAAGAUCUACUCUGACGCUUCCUGGGGUUCAGAUCCAGACAACGCCAAAUCCUUCCAUGGGUAUAUUCUUCAGAUCAAUGGAAGCACAAUAUCUUGGUCUUCCAAGCGUCAAGCAUCUGUUGCGAAAUCUACUUGCGAAGCUGAGUACAUGGCAUGUUCCUACGCCGCUGCACACCUUGUCUGGACUCGCCAUGCACUUGAAGAGCUAUUCGGAGAUUCUCUGCGUUUUAAGUUUAUACUUGCGACAGACAACCAGGCUGCCAUCAUCCUAGCGAAGGACCAACGUAUUAGUGCACGCUCGAAACAUAUCGCCAUUCAUUAUCACUUCGUUAGGGAGAGAUACCUUGAUAAGGAAUUCGAGAUAGAACAUGUGCCAUCUGCAUCUAACAUCGCCGACAUCUGCACAAAGGGAUUGCCGCUACCGCUCCUCAAGAGCAUGAAGGACAUGAUGGACUUACGCUAA